AUGGAGAUCCUCAAUCAUCUAGCUACAUUUACCGAAGUUCCUAAAGAUGUGACGGUUAGGGAGGGAGAUGAUAUUGAGAUGCCUUGUGCUUUCCGGGCCAGUGGAUCUGCCUCUUACUCCUUGGAAAUCCAAUGGUGGUACCUUAAGGAACCAGCACGAGAGCUCCCACACGAGUUAGCCGUCAGUGGUCCUGGCAGCAGAAGUAAGGCAACCAAUAAGGAUGCAACUAAGAUCAGCACGGUGCGCGUCCAGGGCAAUGACAUUUCACACCGGCUGCGGCUGUCAGGGGUCCGGCGGCAGGACGAAGGCAUCUACGAGUGCCGGGUGUCGGACUACGGCGACGAAGACACCCAGGAGCAUAAAGCCCAGGCGGCGUUGCGGGUCCUGGCGCGCUUCUCGCCUCCCGACGUGCAAGCGGCCGAAGCCGUCUCGCACAUCCAGAGCAGCGGCCCGCGGAGAAGCAGCCCGCCCGGGCGAGCCACGGCCGAGCCGGGCUUGGGAGACAAGCGCCUCCUACCGGCGCAGGGCGAAACUGCCGCUGCGGCCGCCGCUUCCUCUUCCCUCUCUUCCUCGUCUUCCUCUUCCUCUUCUUCUUCUUCUUCCUCGGCGUCUUCGGCGUCCUCCGCCGCCUCUUCCAGCCCCGCGACUGUGGCGGCGGCGGCGGCAGCAGCAGCAGCCUCGUCGGCCUCGCCUCGGCCGGCCUCCGCGAUCGUCCUCCUGCAGCAGCGAGGAUCAGGUACAGAACCUAUUUAUGCCACUCACUCAUUCUUCUGUACGCUCCUCUUCACGCUGCAUAAGCUUGUACACUUGUUAUUAAACCACUGAUGGACUUCUUUAUCCAAUAAUCCUCAGCCAAAUGGAUGAGACCACGACUAGAGCAAAAUGAACAAGGCAACAACCCUCAACAAGAACUACAGUCUUAAAAGAUGGACAGAGAAAGACUGGAAAGGAAGCAUGACACAUCCCACAGGGGAAGGGUAAAGCAUAUUUUUGGGGACAUUACAUGAAAGGCUUGUCACCUGACAUGAUAAAUUUAGUUUUAAGAUCCUGUGGCAUCAAUGCCCUA